AUGGGAACAGCAGGUGAAAACCCUGAAAUUGAUACAUUAAGAGAACGAAUAAGUGAUCAGUCAUCUAAGAACACUGUAAAGCAAAACAAGAAGCGACUACAAGAGGACAUUAAUGAUAAUCAGAGUGAUUCUCUUGAGAAGCUAUUGGUUUCAGAAUUUAAAAAUUUGAGAGGUAUGAUAGCAGAUUUUGACUUUAAGUUGAAUUCUGUGGCAGCCCAAGUGAAUAAGGUGGAAAUAAAUGAGUCUUGGCCAAGUCAUAAAUUUGAUAAGAAGCGAGAUCAACAUAAAUAUGAUGCAUUGUGUGAAAUUGGGAAGGAGUUGGAUUUAGCGUUAGAUUUGCAAGAUACAAUGAACAUUUUAAAUCACGUAGCAGAGGGUUUUGGUUGGGAUUUGGCGGCAGCUUUGCCGAAUACACAAAAUAAAUUGUUGAAGAGUAAAGAAUCAUUAAUAGAAAAGGCCAAAGCAUUAGCAGAGGCAUGUAAAAAUAAGAAAAGGAGAACUUUUAGUUCAGAAGAAAGAACUUCACAGUCUUACUGGAGGGGCAAUCAAUGCAUACAAGGAACAGGUGUUACACUUGUGGUUACGCAAGACAUUAUGCAAACGCAUGUCCAUCCGACCCUGGUCAAAGCUCAGGUCAAGAAAGAGAGUUUGGAUUUAAGUCAAGAGGCUUAUGAUGCUAUAGAACCCAGAUCGGUGUAUGGUAAACAACUUAUAGCGCUAUGGAAUGAAUUCGUUGCCUUCUGUAACUGCCACAAGUUAAAUCUGUGCCCAGCCCACUCUGAGACAGUUAUGAUGUUUCUUACUUGGUUAAAUCUAUUAGCAAAAGUACCGAAACUUCGUUGGUAUAUAAUGGCAAUAGGUUAUCAUCAUCGUAAAUUGGAAGUUCUGGACUCGACUCAGAAAUUUAAUGUGCAACGUCUUGUCAGAAAUCUAUUGAAAUGCGCAGCUGAGGAUAAGGAAGCAGUAUGGCCAC